AUGGAAGAGCCGACCAGCGUUAACACUGCUGAGAUUUACCAACUGCUGCGUCAGCAGUUCCCAGAUCUUAAAGACUGGAUGGAGAAGAGAUUCCCUGCUGAUUCCUACCAAGAAGCUCUCAAACUUAAGAAUGAGAAUUUUGGAAAGAUCCAACAGUCUUUCAGCGAAGUUCAUAGAAUCAGGAAGUUGCUGAAAAUGGGCCAGUCUGUCUGUAAAGUCAUUAUUUCUGGUUUUUCCCAGGGAACUGGCUUCGUGCUGUUUGAUAGGUUGAUCUUGACCAGUGCACAUUUGUUCAAAGGAUGCGUCCAAGGAAAAAACAUUCUGGAUCAUAUAAACGUCUCUGCUCUAUUUAACUAUGAUGAUCCUGAGCCAGAGACAAAUUACUUUUAUUUCUCUGCUGAGAAAACAUUUAUCGACAUUGAUGAUGAGCUAGAUUAUGCUGUACUCAUGCUUGAACCAGGGGGCCAAAAAUCCAACCCCAAAACGAAUGUAGAUAAUGUAAAAGUUCCUCCAGGGCUGCUCAACAAAUUUGGUCCUCUUCCUAUAAAUGGGGAGGCCUGUAUUAUUGGCCACCCAGCAGGAGGAGUAAAGAAAAUUGAUCCAACAUGCAUCAUUGAGCCAACGGGGAGAGAACAAGCUGUCAAUGAUCAUAUAGCCAAACACAAAGAUUCGAUGUUCAUCCUCCAAUCAGUGUUUCAAAUCCAGAAUCGAGGCAUUGAGGACAUAAUGAUGGGUGGAGACAAAGCAGAAAAGGUGGCUACCUACCACACCUUCAUGUAUCACGGAGCAUCUGGCUCUCCAGUGUUUGAUGCCCAUAGCAGGCUCUUUGGGAUUCACACAGCAGGUUAUUGUUAUGAGCUCCCACACACGAAAGGCAGCGUUAUUGAGUACGCUUAUCCUCUGCUCACUAUAUUUGAAAAGUUUGUGAGCAAUCUGAAGGAAAGUGGAAAUGUUCAGAUGCUAGAAAAGGUGAAGGAGGCAGCAACAGAGAAUCAGCACCUUGACAAAAUACUCCAGUUUGAACCAAUGGAGGUCAAUUAGACUGACUGUAGAAAUGCUACAGCUGCAGAUUUAGUUUUAACAGCUGUGGCCCUACAAAUACAACUCUAACAAGAUUCAGAAACUUAUUUUUAAAAACCAAACAAUUGUCCAUUUAUUGGCUUAAUAUCUACAUUUUUACAGAGAGGCCUUUAUGUGGGGUGGGGUGGUUAUACCUUACACAUUUCCUAGUUUACAUUUAGACAGAAAAACCAAGAGUACCCAGGAAGAUACGUAAAUGCAUGGAGAAAACAUCAUACUUCUUUCAGGAAGGUAAUUGUCAGGAAUAAAAACCAGAACUAAUUUACUGGGCUGAUUUUGUUUCAUCCAGUGAAAUUGCCACCUGAGUCUUGAACAGGAGUAAAAACCCAUCAUAAAAUAAAUUUCCUAAAUUAAUCAAAGAUAAUCUUCCUUCCAAAGAAACAUUUUCUUCCAUUUCUCCAUUUUAUCCUAACAAGAUCACCGCUAUCCCUAUUUCUACUAUUGGGUGAGAGACACUAACAUCCUGGUUGGGUUGCUGGUUAAGACUCCAGGUUUUUUUUACCACUUUUAUUUUACCUACAUACACAUUAGUUUUGGGGGGUUGUGCCUUACGUUGCUUUAAUCAGUUUCAUUUUAAUUCAGCACUGCUUUAUUAAUGCCAAAGGAGAAAUAAAUGCAGUAACACAUUUUAUUUUCAAUUAUUUGUUGUAGAUGUUAAUUGCUGAAGGCAGGAAGGAUCUUCUGUGGUGUCUGUCUUAAGGCCAGAACACACUGAAUCCGAUUUAGUGUCCGAUCCGCCAGAAAAUCGUGUCAGAUGAGGUUGUGACGUUUAGUGCCCAUUGAAAGUCAAUUGGGAUGAUCACAACCGACAUAAUUUUACACAAAGGGGCUUGCAUAGCACAUCUGACUGAGAUAGACCCCAGGUGUGUUUUAGUCGGAACUACACAUCAAUUAGUCGGCAAUUUCAUGAGUCUGACCAGAACAUGUUGACAAAGUAAAACUAAUCUGCUUUGGGUGAAAAUACAAAAUAAAAUAUGUUAAUUGCACGGGGAAAGAAUCAUUUUUGGAGUGGCACAUUGCGUAUAUAGUAAGCGGGACAGAUUCAUUUAAAACAAUGAAUGAAAGAUUAAAAAAAGAAUAUGAUCGUUUAGGAGGACAGAAAAUAGAUAAAGUAGUGAUCCUCUAUGAGUCUCAAAGAAACGAGGGACAGACAACGCAGUUUAUCAUUCUCCUCAGUAAUUUAAGUAAUUUGCUCUGAUGCUGAUUUGUUUUGGGGUAUUUUCAUGCUGAUCAGUGUCUCGGUGAAAUAACAGUUUCUGUUUGGCUUUUUGUAAAUAUCUAAUAGUAUUAUUUUGUUUAUCAAAACAAAUAAUAAGGAAACUAUAAAACCAAUCAGGUAAUUUGAUCCCCACUCCUCCAGCAUAGUGGAACAGAGACAUUUUCGCUUUCUAAUUCCAUUCAAAUAAGUCAUGGACUACUCUUUGUCCUUCUUUAAAUAGUUUAAAUUUGGAUCAGUCUAUGUUUAUUAAUGACAUCCAUCGUUUACAUCCACUCCUUUUCGGUCAGGUAGGACCACAGAUUAAUUUACGCUAAAUCUGGCAACGAAUCUUGUUCUACACAAUAUAAAAUAAGUGGACACAACCAGUCCAAGAGUCACCUUACCUGCAACCUUUAGCUGCUGCUCAAAGUAUUUAAAACUUAAGAGAUUUUAGCACAAUUUCUUCCCAGCAAUAUUCAUAACUUUUGUUUUUUACUUUUUCAUUUCUACAUUUUAAUCAAAUAUAAUCAACAACCUACAUAGAUCUUUGCUUAUUUUACAGAGUUGGUGGAUUUCUAACUAUACUUCAGUUUAUUGUUGCACUGUGUGAUUAUUUUAUUGUAAACUAGAGAUCGACUGAUACUGACUACUUUCCUGAUACUGACAUUAACAUCAGUCUAACUGAUCACCGCUAUGUGCUGCAGACAUGUUUUGGACAAUUCUGAGAGCAGAUAUUUAUUUUCCUGCAUUAACAUAAUCAAAAUGGCACAGUCAUAGAAAAAAAAUGACAAAAAUCU